ACUUGGAAUGGAAGCUGAAGCUUUGGAAUAAGAAAAAAUUAUGAAACACCCCAUCAAUCACAGCCUGAAACCUCUGUUUGUUUCCCCAGAAUCACAAGAGAAAAGAAUUCGGCUUUUUUUUUUUUCUUUCAUGUCUUCCUCCACCAACCCUUGCCGUUCUCUUUGUCUGGAUGAGAGCAGAGAGAGGUUUAUAGUUAUUCUGUAGACUAUUCAAGGGUUUGUGAAAAUUUUUAAUUCUUGGGGAAAAAUGAAAUGCAGUUUUUUCCUUGCUACUUUCUAUGUCCUGUGCUGUUCUGUUUUGGUUUCUGGGGGAGUGGUGUUAUCGGAGAAGUCAAUUCUCCUGGGAUUGAAGAGUUCCUUUUCUGAUCGUUCCGGGAUUCUGUCCAGCUGGAACUCCAAUCAUUACUGUUCAUGGUUUGGCAUCAGAUGCGACUCCAAAUCCAGGGUCAUUUCUCUCAACAUAACAGGUGGUGGCGAUGAUGGCAGCUCUGAAGGUAACUCUCAUGCUCUCCCCUGUUCCAAGUUAUCAGAUUUUCCAUUUCGUGGGUUUGGAAUCACGAGAAGAUGUAGACAUGGUGUUAAUGGAAAAUUAGCUGGCAAGUUGUCACCUUUGAUUGGUAAACUCACUGAGCUUCGAGUUUUAUCGCUUCCUUAUAAUGAACUUAGUGGUGAGAUUCCUUUGGAAAUUUGGGGUUUAAAGAAAUUAGAGCUGCUUGAUCUGGAAGGGAAUUUACUUUCUGGAAAAUUCCCAAAAGAAUUUGUGGGGUUAAGAAAAUUGCGGGUUCUGAAUCUUGGAUUCAAUAAAAUUGAUGGGGAAAUUCCUGUUUCGAUUGUAAGCUGUGUAAGUCUUGAGGUAUUGAAUUUAUCUGGUAAUAAGAUGAGAGGAUCUGUUCCGGGGAUUUAUGGUAGUUUUUCAAGGUUAAGGGAACUUUAUUUGGCGCAUAAUGAGCUAGAUGGAUCUAUUCGAGAUGGACUACUGACAAACUGCCGGUAUCUUCAGCAUAUUGAUCUGUCAGAAAAUUUGUUUGUUGGUGGGAUUCCUCCAAGUUUAGGGAAAUGUCUGAAGUUGCGGAGUCUCUUGUUGUUCUCAAACAAGUUGAUGGGUAGCAUUCCUGGUGAGCUUGGACGGCUCCACAAGCUUGAAGUUCUGGAUAUUUCUGGAAACAACCUUAGUGGAUUGAUCCCUGCUGGCCUCCAUCGGUUCAAGAAUUUGAAACAUGUCUCCUUGGCCGAUAACAACCUAACUGGUGUAGUCCCUUCCAGCUCUGGACAUUUGCGUUCCCUUGAAGUAGUAAACCUUUCUCUGAGUUCACACAUCAGUGACUGUGAGGUUCCUCACAAUAGUGUGAAUUCACUAGUUCGUUCCCGACGUCUGUACUCCCUGUCUCUGUCAUCUUCAAAUGAUACAGCUUCUCCAUCAGGUGGAACAACUAAAGCUUAUGGGUUCACUACUAUUGAGAUUGCUUCAAUAGUCUCUGCAUCAGCCAUUGUCUCAGUCCUCCUAGCUCUGAUUUUUCUCUUCUUCUUUUCAAGAAAAUGGUUCCCGAAUUCAAGGGUUCAGGUUUGUGAAUCGAAGGAAAUAUCUGUCUUCAUCGACAUUGGUGUCCCCUUAACGUAUGACCAUAUCGUUCAUGCAACAGGGAAUUUCAAUGCCAGCAACUGCAUUGGCAGUGGAGGUUUUGGUUCCACUUAUAAGGCGGAAAUCUCUCCAGGAACCCUGGUAGCUGUAAAGAGGCUAGCCGUUGGAAGAUUCCAAGGUGUUCAACAGUUCGAUAAUGAGAUAAAGGCUCUUGGAAGUGUGAGGCAUCCAAACCUUGUAACUUUAAUAGGUUACCAUGCCAGUGAAACGGAAAUGUUCCUCAUAUAUAAUUAUCUACCAGAAGGUAGUUUGGAAAAUUUUAUUCGGGAAAGAUCCCAGAGAGCUGUCGAUUGGAAGAUAAUUCACAAGAUUGCUCUAGAUAUAGCCCGUGCUCUAGCUCACCUGCAUGACCAGUGUGCUCCUCGGGUGCUACACCGUGAUGUCAAGCCUAGUAAUAUAUUGUUGGAUAACGACUUCAAUGCUUACUUGUCGGAUUUUGGAUUAUCUAGGCUAUUAGAAACUUCUGAAACCCAUGCUACAACUGGUGUAGCAGGAACUUUUGGGUAUGUAGCACCGGAGUAUGCGUUGACAUGUCGUGUGUCUGAGAAGGCUGAUGUUUACAGCUAUGGUGUGGUGCUACUUGAACUGAUAUCUGAUAAGAAGGCCUUGGACCCUUCUUUUUCCUCGCAUGAAAAUGGUUUCAAUAUUGUUUCUUGGGCCUGCAUGCUGUUGCAACACGGUCAGGCUAAGAAAGCCUUCACUGUGGGGCUAUGGGAUGCAGGACCCCAUGAGCAUCUGGUGGAAAUACUGCAUUUGGCAAUCACCUGCACUGCUGAUUCCCUCUCUGGGAGGCCUACAAUGAAGCAUGUUGUCCGACGGCUGGAGCGAAUACAACCUGAUUCAUGAUACAAGGCUUCUCAGUUUAGUUUAUCCAUGCAUACAAGACCGGAAACAUACUGGCAAUUUGUACAUGUAUACCUAGUCAUACCUAGUCAUGCUGCGGAGUAUUGGACAUAUUUCUGCAGCCCCCCCCCCCCCCCCUCAUUAGGACAAGUGAUAAAUGUGCAGAAAGUAGGCUAAUAUCACUUUUAUACAUCAGUUAAGAAGCACUCGGUAUGUGUCUACCGGUGAUUUUAUUUCUGUCUUGCAAUUUUGAGCGACUUGUGCAUUGAGAGCAACAUACAGAACAGAAGAUCCCUGUAGUUUAACAUCCGUUCAAGGUUUAAUUAAAUGCUUAUGGUAGUGGUUAAGGAAUACUGUUCCGGCUUAUAAGUAAAUUUUGCUUGUUUUCAUGCUUAUAAGUAAAUUUCUCUUUGUACCUUCUGUUUGGGCAUCAAUGGCUUGGUAUUCACUCAGAGAAUGUGCAUGAAUUUCAUUUUUCAUGAUUUGAUUGUUAUGGACUCUUUUUGGUUUCACAGAAACAAAGUGAUACAUGUGGCCGAGCCUACAGAUGUUUCUUCUAUAUCUUUCAGUGAGAGCAGGUUGUAGAUGAGAGCCACCACCAUUUCCAUCUCUAGUCCUCGAACCAAAUGAACACUUAUGCAGCAGCAUUUCGUAUCAGGUACACAGUGGAGAUGUUAUUGCAACAGGCAACAGGUUCAAAGGGACUUGGCUCGUCACCUUGUGAAAGAUCUGUUGUUGCUGUUUGCCUUCCUGCUUUUGCCAGGGAGGCCUUGUCCAUAUUUAAAAAAAAAAAGUCAUUCCAUAAAAAGAAUCCUUUAGAUUUCCUUUCUCUAGAAAUAACACUCAGCACCUAGAGAUUAACUCUAAUACCUGUCUGCGAGGGGGGCAAGGAUUCAAAUCCCUCCUCAAAUAAAACCGGAAAGGAAAAAUUAAAAAAAAAAAAAAAA